AUGUUCUUUUUUCGAGUUCUCUUCUCCUUUUUUCCCCAACUUCUCAUCAUCGAUUAUCAGCUUUUUCAUCUCACGACUUUCAACUACUACUUACGGCUCAAUAAAAGGUUUUCACUUCAAAACCACUCGGGUAACACCUUGGAUAUCUGAAAAACCGAUGUAUUUCUUUGACAACGGCUAUAUUUUUCUAAUAACAUUUCUAGAGUAACAGUUGAGCAUAAGUAGAAAAAUUCUGCUUAAACUUCUGAGCUCUUUGAAAACUCUGAAGGUCCAACUCUUAAAAUUUCCUUGGAAGCUUUUGAGUGACAUCAUUCAUCGCCCCAGCUUUUCCUUUGAAUAAAAUGUCGUUACCGACUUGAAAAAAGUCUCAAAAAUCGAACAUCUAAAAGUGCAUCCGCCUUUUAGUCAUACGUUACAAGCUACAGAGAAAAAGAGAGCAUAUUUUUAUUUCUUUUGAACGCGGUAUUUUCUGUUCUCAAACUUCAAAGAUGGAUCAAAAAAAAGGAACCGAAGAAGACAUACAAGCUCGGGGUUGUGGAAGAAUGAGCAACCUCUCAAGUAUUCAUUCAGAGAAAAAGCUCUAGACGCGCAGCCUUACCGAGGCCAGUUUCAGCCUUCAAAAAACUCUUUAAAAACUACAUUCGCUUCGAAGCAUGUGAAAGCUAUCAACGCAUAAUUUUCACAGCCUUAAGAACCUUGAAAGACUGCUGCAGCUCAAAAAGUUGAAAUUCCACAAGUGGCUGCUUGAACGGAGCAAAAGAGACUUAGCCUCUCUAAAUUUUCUCCUCAAAAAAGAUAUAUUCAAACCUCUCCGAUCUUAGGUGGGAAUUAAAGUUCAAAAUUCAGAGCGAAACUUUGUUCAGAAAAAGACUUUUCAAAAGUGUGAAAAGUCAAGAGCACAAAUUCUGAAGCUUCCAUUAAAGCCACCGCGACGAAAAAACCUCGGAACUGUGUAAAAAAAACUUUCUACGCGAGACAAGAGCCUUCAAACUGAUAAUUCUAGACCUUGAAAAUUAAACCUAUGAGUUUCUUAAAAUAUCGCCCACUGUGAGCAUCAAGGUUAUGAAAACUACCUUCAAGGUGCUAUCAACGCAAUCGUAACUUCUGAAGUAUUAACUAAAAUGUUUUUGAGAACUUUCAAAAAAGGUCACACUGAACCAUGGCAAACAUUACCAUCUCAAACAAAAAAAAACGAAGAACUAUCAUAAAGUUCUCAUGAGCCCCUGUGGACAUUUCCAAGCUCUAUUAAAGUCUAAAAAGACCAGUAGAGCUCGAAAAAUAUAUUCGGAAAAAAAAAACGACAUGAAGUGAUCCGUUCCGUCUCGACUUGACUAUUACAGCAGUGGCUGCGGCGACGGCGUCCCAGCGCCGCAACGCCUCCCCGGCUGGCCGACGGCCGGCGGCACACGAACCGAGACACACGCAGAGAAGAGAUAUCUCACCCUGAUAUUUUUCCGCCUUUUCUUUUUCCAUUCCCUUUGGUUAUAUUUCUUUUCGCGUGUUUCUCUUCUCCUCCUUCUGAUCACCAUCAUCAUCAACAUCUCCAUCAACAGUCUUCUCUUCCUUAUUGAUUCUUAUUCUCAAAUUUUUGUGGAAAAAGUUUUGAAAGCUAGCCCAAAGAUUCCUCUUCUCAUCACUUUUAUCUCCGUCCAAGAAUCAUGA